AGCGUCUCAGUGCAGUUUCACCCCUUGGGCCAUCUCAGUGCCCUGGAGGGCAAUGGAUGGGGGCGAUGAUGCAGGCGAUCUGCAUCACCAGCCUCCCGGCUGGCCUAGCUUCCUCCAAGGAUCAGAAGAUCUGGUCCAACGAGGUGGUCUCUUCGAUGAUGAAAGGCUGGCAUACGAUGUCGGCAGCGUACUAGCGGAGAGACAGAUCGCUGCGGAGCGGCCGCAGCUGCCGGAAGAUCUUAGCCCGGCGGGUGGUGCGCUUGCUCCGACUGGUAUUGCUCGGCCUGAAACUCCUGUCAUGGCGUUCGUGGACCGAGCAUCUUUUCCGGGGUUUCUAGACGAGGACGAGUUCAAAUGUGGACAAUCGCCAAAGCAUUUGGGCAGACCUCAGGUGGGCGUGGGUGAGCAGAGCCCUUUGAGCCCAGGUGCCGUGAAGUUGACUCCACGGCAUAUAGAAUCGCAGGCUCGGCCUGCUGUGCCUAGCGAGCCUAUAGUAGGCGCAGCUCGGCUGCCCAUUGCGGCCAGAUACCGUGAGGAGGACUGGGAGGCCGAGCUGCUUGAGUGGAAGAGGAAGUACGGCUGUCCUGCCGCCGAUAGCUCGCCCGCAAGCCAAGGCGCAGCGCCAGCGCAGCCUGCGCAGCCAGAGCAGCCUGCGGAGCCGCUGCCGAGCGCUCCAAGCGCUCCGAGCGUGGAGACCGGGAGGGUAGCCAGUCCCAACCCAGAGGAUGGCAAGUCAGAGCCAUCGGGGCUUGACGCGCCGCCCAGGUCGAAUGAGCAGCCAGAUGCGGCGGCGCCGGCGGCACCAGCGCAGGUGCCAAGCGAGCUGGUGACCACGCCUGCAAAGCAGCUGGCAGCCGAGCUUGCGAACGCCGUUUGCGAGGAAAGAGAGAGGACCGAGGAGAGGACUGGGGAAGAGCCACAGGCCAUGGACGGGGAAACCAAAGCGCCCUGCGCCGGGUGGCUUACGAGCCGCAUGCGUUUCAGUCGAGUGCCGCCCGGUCGCUCCGAGCGUCCUGCCAGCCGCCGGGACCGAGCGCAAGCAACGCUGGUGGUGGCCAAGGCGGAAGAGCCGCCGCAGGCGCUAGACGCUGGCCGAAAGGCCAUGUACACCCAGCAGGACCUGGCGAUUGCCACAGAGACUGCUCGAAGCAAAGCAGCCGGGGACAAUGGCUGGAUGAGUGACUUUCAGGAGGCAGCUCUCAAUGUACGAGAUUUCUUCCAGGAUUUGAGGAAGAGCCGGGACCGAGAAAAGGGCCGACAAGCCACCGGGCCCCUGUGGCUCCACCUCGCCGCACAGGCGAAGAACCUGGCCGAUCAGCUGGAUUUGCCGCAACUCUUGGAGGUGCUGAAGCUCUUCUGCUCGGUGCGCUACGAGGACUACGAGCUCUACAUGCGCUUGCUCGGGGAGGUGCCACAUUAUGUCAAGCAGGCCUCGGCCGCGCAGCUGGCGGAGCUGGCGCGGCUCAUGGCGCGCCGGCGCCUGCGGGAGCGGAACUACGUUGACAUGGUGGUGGCACAUUUGCUCAGCAAGAUUCGCGUGUCAGAGGACAACCUCAGCAUGAGGCUGAUGGUGAAGACGGCCAAUGCUUUGGCAGCCCUAGAGUGCAGAUCGCAGCCAAAGUUUGUGGAGCACUUCAACCGACACUUCGAGCACCGUAUCGAGGAAUUAGAUCCCGAGCUUUGCUGCAUGGUGUCGCCGGUCUUCAUGGUGAACUACAUGAGUGACGCGUUGCGGAGGUCCUUCCUGAAGCGAUGUGCUGAGGCUCAGGCAGGAUUCACUGGGGAGGCACCUAUUCGCAACCUUGCCUGCAUAGAGCUGGCUCUGCGCAAGGAGCAGCACUCUCUGGUGGCUUCCUUGCCGCAAUUUGUGGUGCGCUACCUGGAGAAGGUGAGAGCGCAGUCCGAGUUCGACAAGUGGGGCUCGGUGGUGCUGCCGACCACGGUGGCGCCAGAUGGCCCGCGAGGUGAUGACCGACAGGAGCUGUCGGUGGCUUUGCUGCGGAAGGCUGCGGGCUCCAAGUGCAACACCACGGGUGAUGUCUUCAGCUCUGACAUGCACCGCGACGUGAGUGCGUGUUUGACCCACCUGGGCAUUGAGCAUGAGAAUGGCGUGGUCACUGGUCCCUACCUGUUGGAUAUUGUGGCCAAAGACAUGGUGAAUCCAUCCCGCCGCAUCAUCUACGAGGUGAAUUCACCUCAUCACUUCUACGAGGGCACUAAGGCUCUCGUCGCUGACAAGCGACUGAGACACCGCCUCCUGGGUCGAUUGGGUCACCACUUGCACAUGGUCAACGCCUACGACUGGAGGCCGCUGGCAGCAGCCGCCAAAAUGACCUUCUUGCUGAAAAUCCAGCAAGAGCAGCAGGACAAGCACAGUGACGAGUACAAGCAGCAGGCGGCCGCCAAUGUCUCGCGGGCGCCACUUGCACUUCGGCCUGCUGCGAAGCAGCAGGAGCCGUUGAAGCUGAAGUCUCCAAAGGACGACACCAAAGCGCCUAUCACAGUGCCAGUUCCGCCGUCUUUACGAAACCAGCCACAACAUCCGGUCAUUGUAUGACCUUUUGUAUCCAA